GCUAAGUGACUGCUGAAAAACAAAGACAGGGAACCGCGGCUGGGAAAUGUCAUCAGUCAUCCUUAAUGGAGGAAAUGGACUUCAGACAAUCAAUACUGUUAUUCUUUGAGGGGUGAAACAGGAGGGUUUUAUCACUGUUUUUGCUCUUUGUGUGUGAACAAGGCUCCAGAUCUCGCAGCAGUAAGUGACCAAAUCGGCUUUUGAGAAUCCACAGGUUCCCUCGCUUUUUCUUUUUUUUCUUUUUUUAACCCCACUCCCCUCUUUCUUCCGUGUUUCUGGAUGCAUCUGGACUGAAUGACAAGCAUUUGUGGGCGAAGGAGCUGUUGCAUCACCCACAGUAGCUGUCACACAUCACGGACUUGUUUAUCUCACCGAGUGGAGGGACUAAUGAAGUUAGUUCUUUGUAGAUAGAUGAUGUAGUGCGAGGCAGGGGUUGGUGGAAGGCAUCAGCUGAGCACGUAAACAUUUCACAGCGUCGAUUCUACAACUCCUUUAUACCUUUAGUUUGAAAUCUUGCCUUUGAGCAGACAGUUAGGUUUGGGAUUUUCACUCGUCAGGAGGGAAGUUACCUGCGCGCUCAUCUGCCGAGGAGAGGCGCUGUCCGUGGUUCUGAAGUCAUUUCAACUACUCCUGUUAUCUCACUCCUGGACUCCUGGACUCCUGGACUCCUGUGACACUUCAGGGCUUCUCCAAAAAAGCAGCAGUUACAGGGACACUGUCCACCAGAAGCUGCAGGAAAAAAAAGCUUAAUAUGGUAACUCAAACCAGAGUUCACCUGCACACUUUGGUACUUUUGAGUUUUCUCGUCCACCUGAGCCAGCCAGUAUGUGUCGAUCUCCCAUCUGGGACAGAGGCAGUCCUGGGGAGACCCAUGACGUUGACCUGCAUCUCCUGUAUGAAGAGAGAGGAAGUCAAAGCAAAGACACGUGUGGAUUGGUACUACAUGAUAAAAAAUGAUACAAAAGUCCCAGCAACUCAUAUGUUGAAGUAUGAAAAUGACGAAAAAGUGAUAUCGGAUGGACCAUUUAAGGGCCGUCUGAAGUGGAAAGGGAGCCAGGACUUGCAAGAUAUCUCCAUUGAAAUCCUUAACAUCACCUAUAACGACAGUGGCUUCUAUGUUUGCCACGUGCAACGCGAGUUUGACUUUAACUUCUUCACUCACUCUGUCAACAUCGAGAAGAACAUCACGCUGAAGGUGAACGAGAAAGCCAGUGACGACCCCACAGCGCUUUACUCUGAGAUCAUGAUGUAUGUGCUGCUGGUGUUCUUGACCUUCUGGCUGUUGGUAGAAAUGGUCUACUGCUACAGGAAGAUCUCCAAGUCUGAUGAGCAGGCGCAGGACACAGCGACAAACUACCUAGCCAUUCCCUCUGAGCAGAAAGACAAUCCAGCCGCUCCUGUUACCGAAUAAAAGUGGUUUUCAGUGACACGGUAUUGACCAAUCACAAUGGGGCUUCAGUGGCAUGUGACAGAAACAGGCAUAGAUUCAUCAACCUCAUCUAUGCCACUCUGAAGGUAUCAUUACUCCCAGGCAGCCAUGGGAAUCCUGCCAACUGACCUCCCCUGUGUAUCGACUGUGUCUUGUGAAGAGCCAGUCAAAAAUGUCCAAGCGCUCUGUUUUUCUUCUUCUGUUCUGCUCAUCUUUUUUCCUUUUCUUCUUCCUUUUAUGUCAGGCAUCUGAAAUCAAAUGCUUUCACAAAUACAGCAGGUUAAAGAAUAAAAAUGUCAGUGUCCUGCACUUAUUAUCAGAUAAAUACAGUACCAAGCCGUGCUUCAAUUGGACCUGCCAGCGCAUAGAGUUGCUAAACACUUCCUUUGUAGUUAGUGGUGCCUAUGUGAUUUAUAACGUAUAAAAACAGAUCUAUAUAAACCUAUGAUCCAUAGGUAAAGACCCUGUCCUGCCACUGUCAAGGCUGUUAUACUGGCUCUGUAGUACUGUGUGUAGUUCAUUUUGUUUUAUUACAAUUUUAUAGGCCAUGCUGACAUUUUGGGUCACAGUUUUAUUUGUACUUGCCAAUAUCUUUUCAAUGUCUUUUUAAGGAAAAUGGAUUGCAUAGCUUUUAUACUGUAUGGAUGUGCAUUUCUCCCUGUUUUUGCUGUAUGCAUUAGUGUAAUGGAAAUAUAUAAAACAUACCGGCGAUACCGUAUCAAGUCACGCUAUUUCUGCUAAUAUGAAUUCAUCUAGAGGUCUUUCCUAUACUCUCCUGUGUAAAUCUUUAAUCCAUGUUCAGCACUAACAUCAAAGUACAUGCAGUAGGUUAAGCCGUACUGCCUUACUGUUGCUGAUGUUCUGCAGUAGCAUUGCUAUUGAGACUAAAUGUGUGCCUAUUUCUACAGUAUAACAUUGUAGAAAUAUAUAUGUUCUGUGAUUCAAUCAUACCACGCUGUUCUUUGUCUAUUACAGAUCUGACAUCUCCUGUGUGAGUGAGCUGCUUUUGAACUAUUAA